GGGAAUUGAGGCACAAAAGCAAGCAUGUCUACACCAAAGAGCUUGGACGCUGCCGACUGUGCCGUGUUUGGAGUACUCACAGCUCUGGGGUACCUGGUAGGGCUCUACUUCUCCAUAGCGCAUCGCCGACGCCAGGUUGUAGGAGCUGAUGGAAGCGGCGGCGCUGCAACGGAAGCGUUCCUUGGAGGCCGCAGCCUCCCUGAAGCUGCUCUUACCGUGUCCGUUCUGGCCUCCGUUGUGAACGGAGUGACAGUGGUCGGCUUUCUGGGACACUUUUACGCACACGGAUUCCACGUGAUGUGGGUGCUGUCUGGGAUACCGCUGGCGAUGAUCAUCACGUCGACGGCUUUGGUGCCGCUACUGUACGACAUGAGGGCCGCCUCCGUUUUUCAGUUUCUGCGCCUGCGCUUCGACAACAAGGUUGGCAUCACUGCCUGCGUCGUCUACUUCGUGUUGAGUCAAACAUUAGGAGCGGUGGGCAUCUACAGUGCCGCCAUCGGAAUUUCCACAAUGUUUUCAUUUCCACUGCUUUACUCCAAUAUUGCCAUCGGCCUCGCCGGGACAGUUUACACCGCUCUUGGAGGACUACGCAGCGUCGUGUGGGCGGACUGUGUUCAAGCACUUGUGAUGCUUGCAUCUCCUGCAAUCAUCGUUGGUAAAGUGAUAUACGACUCUGGCAGUGCAAGCCCACCGCUGAGGCAGAUGAGUGAUUUCAAUGUCACAGAAUACAUAUUCCGCACAAGCGUCGACCUGACGAACGACGAGAACGUGUGGAGUGCCUUGGCAGGUGCACUGCCUUACUGCCUUGCGCGAACAGGAUUUGACCAGAUGGCAGUUCAGCGAUUCAUUGCAGCGAGGACUUUACGAGAAGCGAAAAGGAUUGCCAUCACCGGUGCUCUCUUCGUGUUAUCAUUCUUUUCACUCGCAGCAUUCGGCGCCCUUGCGAUAAUAUACUGGUACAGGGACUGUGAUCCAGUCCUCGCUGGUGUCAUCAGAAGCUAUGACGAGAUUGUUCCAUAUUACAUGAGAGAGAGGCUUACUGAUGUCGCAAUGCUCCGGGGGUUAUUCCUGGCUGGACUUCUCGGGGCUUCGACAAGCACGGUGUCGUCAAUCGUCAAUUCCCACGCGGCCACAUUCUACAUCGACAUCGUCUCACCGUAUGUCAACAUGAGCGACAGGACAGCCGUGAACGUCAUGCGCCUUCUAGCACUGGCAAGCGGUACCAUAAUGACCCUAUUCGCCAUCGCAGUACCAUUUUUCGGCACAGCUUCAAGGCUGUUUGUGUCCUUGUACUCGUCGGCUUCUGGCCCGUUCUCCGGUCUGAUACUUCUCGCCAUUUCAUCUCCAUGGGUGAACGCGAAGGGUGCUGCGUGGGCAAGUCUUCUGGUGUGCGCACUACAACUGUGGCAUGCGGUGGGGAGGAUGCUGUCGGCCAUCCCUCCACCUCCGGUGAUUCCCGGAACGUUGGAGCGAUGCCCGUCGUGGUCCAACGACACCGGUGUACUCGCCGGCUCCAGCAUCCUGGCUGACAAACAACUGGAUUACGGACUCUAUGUGUUCCCGUUAUACCGCUUGUCGUUCUUCUGGAUCACCUUCGUCGGAGCCCUCGUCACGGUCCUUUUAGGAACAGCGCUGAGCCUCGUUACAGUUGCAAAUACUGCACAGCCUCGUGGAUCUGUCAAGCAGUACACCUAA